AUGAAGGUCUUUGCUCUCGCAGCCUCUGCCAUCGGCCUGGCCUCUGUCGCCAGCGCCUUCCCCAUCACGGGCAGCACCGUCAACUGCCGCGCCGGCCCCGACACCAGCUCGGCCGUCAAGAAGACGUACACCAAGGGCACCGACGUCAAGAUCGUGUGCCAGACCGAGGGCCCGACCAUCGAGGGCAACUCCAUCUGGGACAAGACCAGCGACGGCUGCUACGUCGCCGACUUCUACGUCAAGACGGGCAAGAACGGCUACGUCACCGACAAGUGCCCCGGCACCAAGCCGCCCGGCGGCGGCGACGGCGGCGGCGGCAGCAUCCCCGGCCCCGUCAAGAACGACUACCCGUACAACGGCCGCUGCUCCGGCAUCGACCCCUGGAAGUACUACAAAUGCCAGUGCACCAGCUUCGUCGCCUGGCGCAUCAACAAGCGCCUCGGCAUCAAGUUCCACAACUACUUCAAGGGCCCUAACUGGGGUGACGCCAAGACCUGGGACGAGGCCGCCCGCAAGACCGGCUACAAGGUCGACAACAACCCCAAGCCCGGCAGCAUCGCCCAGCACAGCCGCAACAAGUGGGGGCACGUCGCCUGGGUCACCAAGGUGAACGGCAACCAGGUCACCAUCGAGGAGUACAACCACGUCCGCCCCGAUACCUACAGCGUCCGCACCGUCAACAAGUCCGAGUUUGUCUACAUCCACCUCAAGGCGGGCCACUAA